UCUAUUUUCUGACUUAUUACUCAUUACUCUCUCUAGCUAGCUCCCUAGCUAUAUAUAUAUAAAGACAAGUAACAUAACAUAGAUAUGCUUCAUUGAGUUUCAUAUUUCGAUUUGUUUUGAGUUUAACUAUAUAAUGGGGCGUACUAGUAGUGUGAAAAAAGUGUUCACAGUUCUAAGUAUUGAUGGAGGUGGGAUUAGAGGCAUUAUCCCAGGCACUAUUCUGGCUUUUCUUGAAUCAAAACUUCAGGAAUUGGAUGGAGCACAUGUAAGGAUUGCAGAUUAUUUCGAUGUAAUCUCAGGAACAAGCACUGGUGGCUUAAUCACCACCAUGCUUGCUGCCCCCAACAAACACAAUCGACCCAUGUUCGCUGCUAAAGAUAUCAACCAUUUUUACUUACAACAUACGCCUAAGAUCUUCCCCCAAAGUGGUAUUUCUUUGUUUGGAUGGAGAGCAAGUUGGAUGAGGUGGUUAAUGCGUCCUAAGUAUGAUGGGAAGUAUCUUCAUUCCCUUCUAAACAGUCUACUUGGUGAUCUCACUCUCAGCCAAACCCUAACCACUAUUGUUGUACCAGCUUAUGAUAUAAAGCUUGUUCAACCUUGUAUUUUCUCCACCACAGAGGGAAAAGAAAGCUCGUUGAGAAAUCCUAGACUAGCAGAUAUUUGCAUCAGUACCUCAGCAGCACCUACUUAUCUCCCGGCACAUAGUUUUACCACAACUGAUGACAAUGGAAAUUCUCGUAGUUUUGAUCUCAUUGAUGGUGCUGUUGCUGCAAAUAACCCAUCUAUGUUGGCGAUUAGCCAUAUCAUCAUAGAAACAUCAAAGAAGAAUAAUAACAAAUUAGAAGAAGAAGAAGAAGAAGAAGAAGAAGAAGAAGAAGAAGAAGAAGAAGAAGAAGAAGAAGAAGAAGAAGAAGAAGAAGAAGAAGAAAAACAAGUUGGCAUGGAAGGAACUAAAAUGCUACUGUUGUCAUUGGGAACAGGUGAACCUAAGCAUGAAGGGAAGUACAAUGCUUCAAUGGCCUCCCGAUGGGGUCUCAUUAAAUGGAUUUUUGACUGUGGAACCACACCCAUCAUUGACAUUUUUGCUAAUGCUAGUUCUGAUGUUGUUGAUUUCCUUGUAUCAACUAUCUUCCAAUCUCGACAUCACAAGAAAAAUUACCUUCGUAUUCAGGAUGAUACAUUGGUUGGGAAUGAGUUAUCGGUUGAUAUAGCAACUACUGAGAAUCUACAAAGACUUGUUGAUAUCGGGACAAAGUUACUAGAGAAACCAGUUUCGAGGGUAAAUUUGGAAACAGGUAAGCAUGAGAUUGUUGAAGGAGAAGGUACUAAUGCUGAAGCUCUUCUCAAUUUCGCCAAACUCCUAUCCAAGGAGAGGAAAUCAAGAUUGAUGAGUCAUUAAUGAAUUAUAUACAAAUCAGCUCUUUUACUUAUAAUUAGAAGAAGUAAUAUAUUUAUAAAUUUCAUUGUUUUCUCUCCUUAAUGUAAACAUUCCACGCUUAAUUUUUUUGUAUGUAACUUUCAUUUUUCCUAUUAAUUUUUGAAAAAUUU